AUGGAUGGGGCCAACCACUCUGUGGUGUCUGAGAUUGUGUUCCUGGGACUGUCCAAUUCGUGGACCAUCCAGAUUUUCCUCUUCCUCUUUUCCUGCUUGUUCUAUGUGUCCAGUCUGAUGGGAAACUUCCUCAUUGCUGUCAUCUUAGACCCCCAUUUACAGUCUCCUAUGUACUUCCUGCUAGCCAACCUUUCCAACAUCAAUUUGAUUUUUCGUUCCUCCACAGCUCCGAAGAUGAUUUAUGACCUUUUCAGAAAACACAAAAGCAUCUCUUUUGGAGGCUGUGUAGUUCAGAUCUUCUUUAUUCAUGCAGUGGGGGGCACCGAGAUGGUGCUGCUCAUGGCCAUGUCCUUUGACAGGUACGUGGCCAUAUGUAAGCCUCUCCACUACCAGACCAUCAUGAGCCCACAAAGGUGUGUCUCGUUUUUAAUUGCUUCCUGGAUUAUUGGUGUGAUUCACUCAGUGAUUCAGCUAGCUUUUGUUGUAGACUUACCCUUCUGUGGCCCUAAUGAAUUGGACAGCUUAUUUUGUGACCUUCCUCGAUUUAUAAAUCUUGCUUGCAUAGAAACCUACACACUGGAAUUUGUGGUUACUGCCAAUAGUGGAUUUAUUUCCGUGGCUUCAUUUUUAAUUCUGACCAUCUCUUACAUCUUUAUUUGGGUGACAGUUAAAAAAAAAUCUUUGGGCAGUUUAUGUAAGGCCCUCUCCACUCUCUCAGCUUAUGUCACUGUGGUGGUUUUGUUCUUUGGGCUGUUAAUCUUUUUCUAUACAUGGCCAUUUCCCACCUCCCAUCUGGAUAAAUUCCUUGCCGUUUUUGAUGCAGUUCUCACUCCUUUUCUAUACCCAGUCAUCUAUACCUUUAGGAAUAAAGAGAUGAGAGUGGCAAUGAGAAGACUGUGUACUCAGCUUGUGAAUUAUAAUAAGAGUUCUUAA